AAGUCUCACUCUCUCUGUGUCCUCGUCAAGUCCAGACAGUUUCCUGUGAGUUUUUCUACCAACGUUUAUUUUUUGUUAAAAAGAGUGUUUUAUUCUUCCGAGAGCUGAAAAUGGAGAAACUCACUGCACUGACUUCCUGUUUGUUGCUGAUGGUGGGGGGGUCAACAGCACAGUCAGUCCAGUCUCAGGUCAGUGAACGCCUCCUGCCUCAGUGGGCCACGGGUCUCAUCGCUGUGGCCGGCUUCCUCUUCCUGUCAGUUGUGGGUCUGCUGGUGAAGAAGGCCUGGUGUGAGGAGCCAAAGAGAGUGAGUUCAUCUCUGGGGUCAGAGAGAGAAAACGCUCCUGUGGUGACCAACAACAUCUGUGACACUUCACUGAACAUGGUCAGGAGUAAAGAGGACCAGAACGCCUUCAACAACUUAGCAAUGGACAACACUUUUGAUAAAGUCACGUCCAUGUGACCAAAUGGAAGGAUCUCAUUGGCUGUCCAGUCUGACCGACUCUGGAGAGGACAGAGAAGAUGAAACAGAGACAAGUCACUUUUACAGGAACAUAAAUACUAUAUAUUUACCAUGAACUCAGUCCAGUGACGAAGAACUUUUAAAGUUUCUCACGAGAUUAAAACACAGACCGAUCACAUCAAGUGUCAACGAGGAAAAGAAAGACCUGACGCUAGACCAAUCAGAAGAAAUCCACAGACACAGGAAGUACUGACGAUUUUUGAAAGCUUAAAUUCACAGCAGUUCAGAUGAGAAGCCGCCGUCCGUCACAUGAUCCAUGUGUUGAACAAUAAAUGAUUCUUGUAACCAAA